AUGGAUAUACUCACUCCUUAUUUUUUAGGCACUUCCGAUAUCUACUCUGAGUUUUGGCCGUCAGGAUUCAGUCCCAUCCCUUUGAACACACCUGCUGCCGUCUGUUGUCCUCUUCCCGAGCUUGGUGGCCUGGCUUGUGUCUAUCGGUCUCUCGUUAUUUCGAGGACUGGGCUUGCGGCUGCUGCUUGUCCUCCUUGUCAGCUGGCCAAACUAGUCAAUUUGAUUGUCACUCGCUUUCCAACAGCUCGACGACUGGUUUACUUAGAAAUCCUGGUUAAAACAGCUUUAACAGCACCUGGUAAGCUGGUCAAUGGUUGUUGUCACUCAGCCGAACUCUUAAGAAUCGAUUUUAGUAUUUUACUCUGA